UCCACGGGGUCGCUGAUGUUUUGCGGCGCCCGCUAGCGGCCGCCAACGUCCCUACAAGUCGGAAGCUCGAGACUUGCCUCGGGGAAAUCCGCGCACGCGCCUUCUCGCUCUCCCGUCGCACUCGACGCACUCCAAUUUUUUGGUAUUUAUUGAUGUAUUUUUGAUUUUGACUGUGGCACAGCCGCGCGCAAAUGCCCCCCGCGGUCAACUUUGGUUGACGCGACGAUUUGGGAGGUCGACGCCGGACAUGAAGAAGGUCGACGAUGAAGUCCGGCACGCAGAAGCCACCGCUGGCCCCGAAACCCAAACUGUCCCCGCUCCAGCCGGGGGCGCCGUCGGACCGGUCUCUCGGCUCCUCGCACAAGGUGAAACCCAGGCUGGCGCCCAAACCCGACCUCUCCGAGCUAAACUCCAAACCCGUCGCUUCGAAGAUCCCGUCGAAUGCUGUCGGCAAAUCCCCACCGGAGCCAAACUGGGAUCGUAUUCUUCCCGUUUGUCUGUGCAGCCAGCAAAACUGCCGCUGCGUCCGUGACAGUCACGUGAACGGAACUUUGCAGCAGGUCAAAGGCCCGCAAAACGGAAAGACCGCAUCUCCGGAGAGAAAGGCUGACCGCGCGAAACGAGCAAUCGCACACGCGUCAACUCUCAACGGCCGCCUCGAAAACCGUCGAGCUCCCCGAGGGACUUCGCCUGCUCUCGGGGUUCGAGUUGGGCGUGAGAUAACCCAGGACCGCGCCGCGCCUGUUCCGGAAGCGGACGCAAAUGUCUCUGAGCAAAAACAACAGCCGGUCAUCCCAAGGAAGCCCAGCCCAGUCCCGGUGCCACGGAGACUCAAAACCACCUGGCUGGCCCACCAGGAAAAGGCGGAGGACGAGACUCUGAUCCAGGAAGGGCGGAGGAGAGUCCAAGAGUUGAAGGUGUCAUCCGAGGGGAAAGGCGUCACUUUGACUGCCGCUGGGAAAGGAGCGUCGCCGGCCCCCACGCCCAGGAAAAAGUCUCACCUGGUCACAAGUCCCGCUCCCUCGCCGCUCCAAAACAACCUGGAUGAAGAAGAAGACCUGGGCUGCGACGUCAACGCCGGCCAAACGGAAAUGGAGCAAUCCGUCGACGAGGAGGGCGAGGGCGAGGCGAGGCGAACCUCCGACCGAGACGGCAGAGAUUCCAGUUUGCGCUCCUGCGGUCCCGACCACCCUAACGACGGAGCACCCGAGCUGGUUCCAAGAAGCAACAGCCCCACGGCGUGGCUGAAGAAGACCCAAUCGCUCGAGGUGGAAGAAGACCUGAAAUCAGGAGCCAGUGUGGAAAACCAGACGACCGUCACCAGAGAUCUUCCUCCGCUUCCGGGAAACCGGAGCAGAACGGCCACACGGAGACCCGGAUCCUUCUCCGCCGCCGACUCUGUCUGCUCCCAGGGAGCGAGGAAAUCUUUCAGGAAGCGUCUGGAUCUGAGGCUCUCCGCCAUGAUGCUGUCAAAGGUCACGGCCAAAGGAUCCCAGACCGCAGAAUCCGGCCAGCGGGACGGACCGCAAAAUGUCCGCGGUGCUCUCGGGGCGGGAGGCGGGUUCUCUCGCCCUCUGGUCGGACUGGAACAAAGCGUAGACGGAGACGAGCGGGACCUCGACUACGAGAACAUUUGCCACUACGAGGAGGUGUCGGACUACGAGAACGUCUACUUUGGUGGCUCGGAGGGUUCAGGCACCACCUGGCAGAGUUUGGACGACGACGGCGGCGGAAUUUACGAGUAUCCUGAGGCGUAUUUGUCCCCGGACGAAAACGCUGACGACGACGACGAUGGAAGUUCUGCGGACGAAGACGCGUCGGACGCCGACUUCACGCCGCCUUUCUCGGACGAAGACGACUGGUCGCUCUCAAGUCACGACGACGUCGCGCACUCGGAGGAAAACGCGCUGCAAAGCGGCCCCCGCAUGAGCAAGAGCCAUCACGUCGCCACUGAGAUUAUGACCUCUGAGAAAGUGUUCGUCGACGUCCUGAAGCUGCUUCACGUGGACUUCCGGGACGCCGUGGCCAAAGCCUCUCGCCAAAGCGACAAAGCCGUGAUCGAGGACGGCGUCCUCAACCAGAUCUUGUACUACCUCCCGCAGCUCUACCAACUCAACCGGGAUUUGCUGCGAGAGCUGCGCAGUCGACUGGCCAAAUGGGACGAAAAGGAGCAGGUGGCCGACAUCUUUGUGAAGAAAGGGCCGUACCUGAAGAUGUACUCCGCGUACAUCCGGCAGUUCGACAAGAAUGUGGCCCUACUGGAAGAGCACAGCAAGAAGAACGCCGCCUUCGCCGGCGUCGUGCGACAAUUCGAGGCCAGUCCACGUUGUGCCAACCUGGCUCUGAAGCACUACCUCCUAAAACCCGUCCAAAGGAUUCCUCAGUACCAGCUCCUGUUCAGAGACUAUCUGAAGAAUCUGUCCGAAGACUCUGCCGACUACAAGGACACGCAAGCCGCCCUCGCCGUCGUCGAAGAGGUCGCGAGUCACGCCAACGACAUCAUGAAGCAAGGGGACAACUUCCAGAAACUGAUGGAGGUCCAGUGCAGGCUGAGCGGCCGUCACGAGAUCGUCGGGCCCGGCCGGAUCUUCCUGAAGGAGGGCGUCCUCAACAAGCUGUCCCGGAAAGUCAUGCAGCCCAGAAUGUUCUUCCUGUUCAACGACACCCUGCUGUACACCACGCCCGUUCAGUCGGGUCAGUACAAGUGGAACAACUUGCUGUCUCUGGCGGGGAUGAAGGUGAGCAAACCGAGCCCGGAGGCCCACCAGAACGAGUUCACCAUCGAGAGCGUGGAGCGCUCCUUCAUUCUCUCUGCCAGUUCGCCAGCCGAGAGAGACGAGUGGCUGGAGGCCCUCUCCGCCGCCGUCGGCGAUUACACCAAGAAAAAGAUCAGCUUCAUAUCCGGAAAAUCCUUCCAAGAGCUCCAACUGAGCGGCGACGACGCUCCUCUGGGCAGCAAAGCGCCGAUCUGGAUCCCGGACCCGCGCGCCACCAUGUGCAUGAUCUGCACCUGCGAGUUCACUCUGACGUGGAGGCGGCACCACUGUCGGGCCUGCGGCAAGGUGGUGUGCCAAUCCUGUUCGUCCAACAAGCAAAGCCUCGAGUACCUCAAGAACCAGUUUGCAAGAGUGUGUGACCAGUGCGACGCUGUGCUGCGGGAAAAAAGAGGCGAAGAAGACCCCCCCGCCGGUGGGGCAGUUCCCAAAGCCUCCUCCUUUGCGUUCUCCCGCAAACACAAGCGGAUCCCGGCGGCGCUCAAAGAGGUGUCGGCCAGCACGGGCGAGUCCUCCAUGAGUGGCUAUUUGCAGAGGUCCAAGGGCAAAAAGAAGGCCAAGCGCUUGUGGUUUGUCGUCAAAGACAAAGUUCUCUACACCUACGCCGCCAGCGAGGACGUCGCCGCCUUGGAGAGUCAACCGCUUUUAGGCUUCGUCCUGAAAGUGGACUCGGCGCAAAUGUUACACUUCAAGCUUUACCACAAAAACACGCUGUACUACAAUUUCAAAGCGGACGACGCCCGAACGGCCCAAAGGUGGAUCGAGACCUUCCGACAGUCGGCGGUACUUUAGUGGCCCGUGUGGGCGACUUUUGCUUUUUCGCCCUUUUUUUGGGAAGUGCCGACUUUGGGCGAGAGGAAGGGGCCUCGCCCUCGACCGCUCGCGGCCCACGCAGGACCGAACAAACCGUUCACAGCGACGAGUCUUCGGCGGACCGAGCCUGGCGUGGUUUUGCCCACCUGGGAGGAAACCCGAGCACCCGAAGAAAAGCCGCGGUCCUCGGGACCGUGGGGCAUAGGUGCCAACCGCCUUUCCUUUCGGGAGCCCAGAACGGUCCACCAUCUUGAACGAUUGAACUUUCUAACUCUGCCCGUGAUGAAAAUCCACUUUCUUGCAGUUUUGAGGUCACUUGUCCGAAAACCUCCCGGUCCGAUCCCCCGCUGACUUUUCUCAUUCAUAAAUGACGAAGCUUCCAUUAUUAGUUGCUUUUUGACGGACCAGCUUUAAAUAUGAAUAGUAAGUCAAGCACUGAACGUCAACGUACGUAAAAUCGCUCGCCACACGUCUUGUGCAAAUGAAAAAAAAAAAAAAAAAACGCUUUACAGGACUACGCGUCCUCUCGUUGAAAUUAAAAAAAAAAAAAAAUUCACUGAUGGUGUAGCGCUACACACGCGUGGGAUCGAUUCCCGCUCAGCGAUGGUGUCGACAUCUGCCCUGCGACCAGUUCGUCUUUCGCCCGAAGCUAGCUGGCGUAGGCUACAUCUUUGCUGCGACCCUUGUGAGGAUAAGCAGCUCAGAAAAUGACAUGACAUUUUUCCAUCUCAGGUGUGAAUGAUAUGCAGGUCAUUCGCUAACCUUUGCACGGAUGAAUUUUUUCACUUCCGCUCGAAAGUCUGAAAACGUGAGAGAACUUUGCAACAUUAUCGUCACAUUUUGCCCGACUCUCCAAAAAAGAACAUCUCAGCGAUUCGGACCCGUCGGGCCUUAUCGUACUCGAAGAAUGCCCGCGUUGCACUUCUUCUCUCAGAGGUGACCAAUCGUCUGAUUGGUCCUGCAUUUUGCGAGUGGAUACUCUGCCGAGUGGUCCGAUUUAAAAAAAAAAAAAAAAAAAUGCAUUCACAGAAAAUAGAAGAGUAAAAAAAGAAAAUAAACACUAAAACAGAACACGAAAAUUUGAUGUAAGAAGCGGCGAGGUUGCUAGCAAAUGAUGACUUUUAGCUUUGUUUUGUUUUUUUAAGAGAGAAAACCCGAGCUCUCUCGAAAACGCAAAGAUGUCUGGCGAGUUCCGGAACAAAACACAUUUGCUCACAAAAGGAGUUUUCAUCGUGCUCGGUCGGACAUUCUGACGCGACGAUGAGCCGAAACGCAAAGUCGGGUCGACCCAUUUCGUGUCGGAGCGCAACAAUGAGAUGAAACCGCAAACCGGGACAACAAAGCGAAGGAAGCCGAUAAGAAAAUGACGUGAUCAAAAAAAGAAAUCAAAACCCCACGGAAGAAAAUCGACAGGCCGGAAAAGAAACCGCCAGUGACGAAAAACAGCUGAGAAAAGACAAAACACCGCCAAGAAGGAAGAAAAGAAAUUGUAAAAAAUGCGUAAAGCAAAAAAAAAAAAAAAACUGUUGAAGAA